UAGGUGAAGCCGGCUUGAUCUGUCCAAUAAUACGAUCUGUCCCUUAACAGGAUUCGUUCAAUACGUUGCUUGAGAAUGUCAUUCGUGGGUUAUAGGUGUGAUUCGUGGAUUUGAGGAUCAGGCACCAAUCACCAUGAUAAGGCUAUAUUCGCUUGUGCUGUUGUGCUCAAUUAGCGUGGACACCACGGAUUAUCGCGCUAAGAGGCAAAUCAAUAGUAUACCCCUGGUUUAUCCGUAUGGAGCUACUUAUAAGCUCAUCAUAGGCAUGUCAGUCCCUGUGCCCAAUGACGACAAGAUCCCCCUCCUCUUCGCGCUCAACUUCCAGUACCAGUACAGCCAGUUCCAGAACAUCACGGAACUCUCCCAGUACUACUUCAUCAAGGAAGUGUCGAGAGAGGAGAGAGAGAUUGACCUGGAGAACAGAGGGAACGAAAGAUUAGUGUUCUACAAGUCUGUAGCGGAUUUAUUGGAUAUGAAAGGCAUGAACGGCCAGGAGUGCGUUCUUCGAGCGAUCUGCGAGGCGGCCCAGUUUCCUGUGGCUGAGGAGGCGCUGGUGGGAGAGGUGCUGCAUAUACUGCUCACACCGGACUACGGGCGAACCUCCUUCGACAAAGACCCAGACUGGGAGUCGUCGAUGUCGGAGUAUUUGGACGCAGCGGUGGCCGGCCGACAGAUGUUCGACUGCGCCGCCAUCUACAGCGGCUGUGAGGAUCAGGGGCUACUGCAGAUGGUCACUACAUUGAGAGACGAAUAA